CGAGUUACAGUCGAGUCACUGUCUCCACUAUGACGUGUUUCUUCUGCUGUAGGGUGAUGGCGAAGCAAGAUGGUGGUUCGGCGGUCUCCUCUUGUUGUUUGUGGUGGAAAGCAACGCUGGGCUUUAGGACCUACCGGGAGCUUUUCUUCAGUCUGACGCAUACCUUCUCAACACAAUAUCAAGCUACACCAUCCCUCGGUUCGCCGCUUGAUUUGGUGAUUUGGUUCCUUCCUAACGGUCCCAGCGGCGUACAAACCACAAUCAGCUGACCACAAUGGCAUUGCGCUUCUGGGUUGCCUUGCACCUGUUGGUAGUACUGUCGGUACAACCACACGCAACUACAGCGUUGCUGCCGAAUUCAGGGACGAAGAACAGAUUCCAAUUGUCGAGUAAUGGAUCCACAAGGAUUCCAUUAGCGCUGUGUGCUCAACCACGCAAUAACAAGAAUUCCCCGAACGGGUCUGAUGGUAAUGAUGAUGAUGAUGAUGAUGACGAUGGGGACGACGAAGAGGAAGUGAUGGCCAAAGAAAAGCUAUUUCGUGAACUCAUGGGUCUCUCCGAGGAAAAGUCCCAAAAGAAGACAGGGAAAAACAAGAACAAAAAAGGAGGUAUCAAGAGGCCAGCACACGACAACCGUGAUCAGUUACCAUUUCUGGUACAAGUCAUGACACCACCGGAAGAACCCUACGAACAACUUGCACAGCAACAACAAAGCAAAAUCAAGAAGAAGAAAAAGAAAAAAGGAAACAAAUUGGUACAGACAGACGUUGUGGGUGAAACACUUGGAGAGUUUCCUUUUGAAAAGAACACAGGUUCCGGCGACAGAAUUAUGAUUGACGAUGAGGUUUACGUGGUACAAAAGGCCAAGUGUCAGUACAGAUAUGCAGGAGGACAAAAGUUUGUCAUGGUGCGCAAAAUUCUGCAAGUGAAACCCAUGGCUCGUUCCAUGCAAGAAGACUACAUUAUGCGACAAUGGAACGCUCCAUCCGCGCCAGAGUCUGAAUAGGAUCGUCUGGCUCCAGUUGGUCCCAAACUGUCGUAUAGGCUCCUCUUUUGUACACACCAUGUAAAACUCCAAGCAGCAAGCUAUCAGCUCUUGAUUAAUAGAUCCCAGCCAAUGGCACAGU